UGUAACGAAACAACAAAAAUGUGAGUGGGUUCGUUGCGUAAACACCCAAAGGGCUUUUUGAUAGUAACAUGUUCUGGUUUUUUUUAUUUUUUGUAUUGUCUAUCUACCUUAUUAUUUUUAUAUAUACAUUUUUGAUUGGCUAAAUGGGACUGCAAGGACGAGGGUGACACUCUAACCCAAAUGAGAUACCGUGAAGAUAGACAACCAGAAAGAAUGAUUGAAGAUUUUUUCCCGAAGUGGAACGCGCGCGGUGGUUUGAAUUAGAAGUUUUUUUGAGCGACACAGGGUCGUAGAGCGGGCAACCCGGCGGGGGUUGAAUUAUGGACUGUGCAAUUAGGUACAGUGGUGGUAGAUAUGUGUCUCUCCGGCGAGGUCCUGUCCUGCUAUAGGGGGCUCCCGUCUCUUCGUGGUAGAUAUACCUAGCGGAGCUAAUCACCGGAAGAACGAAAGUCCUUUUCUUUCGUACAACUAUAAAGGGCAAACACACACACAGGAUAAAAGAUAAGGGGAACGACUAAACCUGGGAGAUGUUGUGUAGUAUAAGGUGUUGGGAGUCGGUUGGAAAAGUCGUGGGAACUGGACGCGCGUUCGUUUUUAUAUUUUCGUUCUCUUUUUUUUUAUCUUUUUUUCCUUUGGCCGCAUAUUCGGGCAGAGUCAAGGACUAUCUCACGUGUGGGGGUGAUUGAGGUGAGAGAGGAGAUGCACCACCUUCUCCUCACCGGCAACCGCCAACCGACGCCAUCAAUUUUGUUUUCUUUUUCCCUUUUAGUAUUGGAUAGCCUCCACUAAUUUUGAAUUUUUCACAAGUUAUUCCCGAUACGAUUUAUUUGUGUAAAUUCUAUCGCGUGCUCCGAAUCCAUCGGCUAUAAUAGAAAAAUGGAAAAGAAAAUUUCAUUUAAUAUUAUUACGUAAUGUUAUACGUAACAUUUUCCCCGCGAAGUUUGAAUCGGGAAAAGUUGAACCGGAUUGACCUUUUUUCUUCUUCUUUCCUCCCGAGUGACGUUCGUUCAAGAGCGUGAGACUCUUUUUUCUGUUUCUCCUUUCCAUAAAAGUAAAAAAAAAGAAGGAAAAAGGGAAAGAAAAGUGUUGAUGAUGAUGAUGAUACCGCGCGGCGCCCUAUGUAGAUCCUCCUGUAGGAAAAAAAGAAGUCACGCGUUCACACACAUUCAAAUGCAGCAGACAACGCCAUUCAGCUAAGGUCAAAAGGUUUUUUUUUCCUUCUUCACCGAGGGAGUGGUUUCCCCCCCCAUCUUACACACAUAGCGGCCGGAUGAGAGCACCCCCCUCCCGACACAAACACAAAACAAGAAAAGAGAGAGAGAGAAAAACCCAAUAAGAGAAAACUCGGUUCCUCCUCCUUCUCCUCCUCUAUUCUACCGGCGGAAUAAGUGAGUGCGUGAGAGAGUUGCCAGUGUGCUAGACCAAGCGGAAAGUGACUAAGCCCCUUUAGUCCUCAGCGAACCGCUCACCGGAGCGGUUGUGUGCGUUCUUCUUAUAGAUAGUAUAGAUUUGUUGUGUGUUGGGUUGAUUUAGACAAAUCCAAUAUUUCCCACCCACCGCCCUCCCUUUCGAUAGAUAUCGUGUUACCUUGUUUUCCCCCCUCACCAACCCCUCUGGUUCCCAGAAACAAAAAAAAAACAAAAUGGCUCCGAUUGUCACUUCGUGGUCGUCGCUGGAUUACGAAAACGGCCAGCAGCAAAGGUCCAACAAAUUGAAACAACAGCAACAGCAACAACAACAACAACAAUCGGUGCAGCAGCAGCAGCAGUCGUCUCUGUCCGUGUACCAGCCGUUUCGGUUGCGUCAGAACAGCGUCAGUGUCACUCCGCCGUCCAUCAGCAGCAGUUUGAAAAGUUACGGCAGUGUCAGUUCGUUCGAAUCGGCCGAUCCGUUCGCCAGUCUUUUGGCGUCGACCAUCAACGGCAACAACAACAACAGCGGUGGCAAUCCGGGACCCACCAAACCACCCAGAGCUUUGUACCCACCCACUUCGAGUCAUCGCCUGAUGGUCGGCGGUAAUCGCCAGCAUCCGCCUCCGCUCUCGAUCGGCGCUCACGUCAAUUCCAAAUUCCUCCCGCAGGGUCAAACCGUAUGCGCCAAUCGUAGCAAAUCUCACUCAGACCUGAGUCACGUCGGCACCUGCACGAUGGAGCCGGUCUACUGCGACAACAAGUGCGGCCAGAAAGUCAGCCGCAAGCAGAUGAUGCAGCACAAGGCCAUCGAGUGCGCCAAGCGCCUGGUGGCCUGCCGCUACUGCGCCAAAGAUUUCGGCUUCGACACGCUGCCGGCCCAUCACGCCAAGUGCGGACGCUUCCCCAUCGCCUGCCCCAACCAGUGCGACUCGCCAAAAGUCGUCCGCGAAGAACUCGAGUCACAUCUCAAAGACAACUGCCCGGCUCUCAUGGUCUCGUGUCCUUUCAAAGAGGCCGGAUGUCGAUUUAAGGGUCCUCGAUUCUCGUUGGACAAACACCAAGAAGAAGGGAUGAAGCAGCACCUGCUCCUGAUGUGCGGGCUGGCCAGCCGGCAGCAGCAGCAGCUUUCGACGUUGCGCUCGAGCGUCUCGCGUGUGUCGCUCAACUAUUCGGGCACUUUCCUGUGGCGCAUCAACGACGUCCAGACCAAAAUCGCUGAAGCUCGAAUCAAGGAGGGUUUCGAGCUCAUCUCGGCUCCUUUCUACACCAGCCAGUACGGCUACAAAUUGCAGGCGUCAUUGUUCUUGAAUGGUAACGGGUCGGGAGAAGGAGCUUACGUCUCCAUUUACAUCAAAAUCUUGCCGGGAGAGUACGACGCCCUUCUCAAGUGGCCUUUCUCUCACACAGUUUCGUUCACGCUCUACGACCAGGCCGCCAAUCCCGACAAGGCGUGUAACAUCGUCGAGAGUUUCAUUCCCGAUCCGACGUGGGAGAACUUUCAGCGGCCGUCGCGCGAGCCCGACGCUCUCGGAUUCGGAUUCCCGCGCUUCGUCUCGCACGAAAUGCUCAAGAAGCGUCACUUUGUCAAGGACGACGUUCUCUUUCUCAAAGUCCGCGUCGAUCCGGCCAAAAACAUGGCCGUCUAGUUGAAUUCCAAUUUCGACAUUUUUCCCUUCAAACCAAAUCGAAUUUUUACACUGACGAAAACAAAAAGAUUCAUUUCCUCCUAUUUUAUCCUCCGACAUCCCAACUUCCCCCCUUUUUUUUAAAUCUGGAAAGAUUGUUCCUUCGUCAUCAUUGCUAAAUGUUUUGUACAUUUUUAUACAUAAUUAAAUAAAUACACCUGCCUACCAAAUUCAA